AUGAUGCUCAAAUAUCUCACCAAGCCUACGAGGAAGAAUAUUUCCGACGCUCUUCUCAUCUUGGGUGUAAUUGGCAGUGUUAUUUCAGUCAUUUUGGCGUCUAUUGUGUUUAUUGCCGGCACCACCAUUAUUCGUGGUGAUCCUGAUCAUCUUCUAUGGAAGCCAUUAGCCUUGGUCUCGUUUGAAGGCAUUAUUCCCAACAAUGAUACCUCUCAUUUCUUGGUGCACCUAAACUGGUUCGCCAGUUCCUUCGGAUGGGAACAUCCCACAGCCCCCAAGGGUAUUCCAAAAGUUGGAAUCACAUCCUCGGGACUACGAUAUCACUCAAAUAUCGUCAAUGAUCUUAACCAGAUUGCCACAGAGCUUCGACUACCAGAAGACACCUUCAACUGCCCCAAACCGGGCCCGUAUGAAGAUCCAUGUGGCAACAUCUUCUUUGAAGCUUGGCGAAGCUACAUGGCCAGUGGUGGGCUUCCGAUCAGCAGCUGGAUCGUCUGGAUCAAUAUCUAUAUCGCUCUGGUAUUCAGUAUCAUGGACAUUCUGCGAGAGUGGGUUAUUCCCAACAGACCUCACUGGAUGAAGUGUCGCUGCAUCAUCGGCAAGCGAUGGUGUCCUCUCCCCAAAGGCAGCAAGGAGGAAAUCGAGCAAUUCGACGACUACGUCUGGGACAAGGUCCGGCUCACCUACUGGGCCAUUUCGGCUGCUUACUUUGGCAUCGCUGCCGGCCACACAUGUAUCAACUCAGUUUUCUUUGUUCGUUACCUGGGGUAUUUCGAGGAGCGUUUGCCAGAUGGAAUCAGCAUGCACGGGAGACGACGCCUGGCUUCCGAGAUCUUGCUCUGGGUGGCUUUUGGCAUCAAGACCUUCGGUGCGUUGUGCAUGGCUGUGAGGUGGAAGCUGAGCAGAAGGCCAAAGGGCUGGCUGGAUGGCCAGAGUCUCGGUCGCCUUGAGAGGACCAAGCCAAAUGGUGCAGAUGGAGGAAAAUACACAGAUUAG